CAUCAAAUUCCUUUUAAAAAAAUACACAAAGGGAGCAACUUUAAAUUCACACUAAUCACACUAUCAUACAUUCAUCUUUCUCUUCCAAAAUCUUGACAGCUUUCUGUUUUUUUGGCGUUUGAAAGAUCCAAUCUUUUUCCCACGAUCAGGGUUUUGGCGGUUUAGUAUUGCCUGCUGUUAUAUCUCCAUUGAUCAGAAAUAGAAGAAGAAAAAAAUAGUUCUUAAGCUUAUUUAUAAAUGUCUCCGAAACAUCUGGAAUUGUCACAAAGCUCCGUCGAAUCUUGCACCUUACAUCUUCUCUCAUGGCGGCCGUUUCAAACCGCAUAUUCGAAAAUCCUGGAUUCAUCAUCAGAGCCGCCACACAAACCGUAUGACUCUCACUCCACUCCCAAACGCCCUUGUCUCUCCGACCGCUCCACCGCUUUCUCCAUUGAAGCUUUUAGCCGCCUCUCCAUAGCAGACGACGGCAAUGGAGUGAAAUCGAGUUACAAGAGAGGGAGAAUCAGGCCUGUGGAGAGAAAACGGCGUCGUCGUGGGUCGAGAUCGGUUUCUGGUCGAAGUAGUGAUCGGAGCGGGACUCUUCGUUGCUGCUCUGUCAAUGCUCAAGUGACCACUUGCUCUGAAUUUCAAUUCGCUGUUGGUGGUACUGAUUCUAGUGGGGAGUUGUUCUGCGAAGCGAAUUGGUCCUCCGAUGUGAGUGAGGCGGCGCGAAAUUCACGGAGAGAUCGAGACUCAAGCGUUGGAGAGAAGGAAGGAGGAUUCGGGUUAGGGUUUGGGAUUGGGGUCGUUGAACCAAUGGGUAACGAUUCCGGUUACGGGAGCGAACCUGGUUACCGAGGGGAUGCCGAAAUCGGCUAUGGUGAUGAGGAAGAAGAAGAUUCUAAGCCGUUGUUUUGGGGAGAUACAGAAUCAAGCAAGGAGAUUUGUGCUGGUGAGAAAAAAUUCUCAGACAAAAAAUCUCACUAUAGAUGCCGCCGAGGCAGAAGGAAUGAUUACAAAGCAGCUGUUGAUUCCAUGACUCAUGACAUCUCUUUACUUCAUCUUCAACCUCAUAGAUUUGAUCAAAACAAUGCUGCUUCGUCAGGUGAGAGUGAUGUUGAUCCAGAGUGAGAUGGGAAACUGCAUUCAGAGUCUGCAAGCCUUGAUAAGUUGUAUAUAUAUAUAUGUUCUCUUAAUGUUUUGUAUCCUAGAAUAAACCAAGGUUCCAUGUAGUUUCCUCCACGCCUCUUGUAAAAUAUGAUUUUGUAAAGAUACUAGACUACUAGUUGUUUGUUUUAAUGUGAAGUGAAACCAUAAAGUAUUAUAUUAUCAGAUUUGGGUGUA